AUGAAAUUACUUAUAGUAUGUGCAGUUUUAAUUCACAUUUUAUUUUUGUUGAGUGUUUUCUACAUUUAUUUUCGAAGUAUAAUUGUGCAAGGCUUACAUCCUUUAAAGGAUCUUGACAAUCCACCUGCUAAAAGGCUUGUCUUGAUUGUAAGCGAUGGCUUGAGAGCAGAAUCAUUUUUUCAUCAGAAUUGUGACAGAACGCCGUUUAUUAAAAAUGUUUUACUUAAAAGAGGAAUUAUUGGUAUAAGUCAUACUCACGUUCCAACAGAAUCCCGUCCAGGACAUGUUGCUUUGAUAGCUGGAGUAUACGAAGAUCCUUCAGCUUUAUUUAAAGGCUGGAAAGAAAAUGCAGUCGAAUUUGAUUCCGUUUUUAACAGAAGUCGAAAAACGUAUGCAUGGGGAAGUCCAGAUAUUGUACCUAUAUUUUCAAAAGGUACUAAUCGUGUUGUGGCAGAUUGUUAUGAGUCAAAGGAUGAAGAAUUUAGUGAGAGUGCACAGACACAGCACCUUGAUAAAUGGGUUUUCGAUAAAGUCAAAGAGUUCUUGAAUGACAACGAUAAAAUUAAAGAGAUUAAGGAACAAGACAAAAUAGUAUUUUUUCUACAUUUAUUAGGAAUGGAUACAUCAGGUCAUAUUCAUAAGCCACAUUCUGAAAGAUAUACUGAAAAUCUAAAGUUUGUUGAUGCUGGAAUUGGCGAGAUUAUUAAGCUAUUUGAAGAGAAGUUUGACGAUAAUAAUACAGCAUUCAUAUUCACAUCUGACCAUGGUAUGACAAAUCGAGGAUCGCAUGGUGCUGGCCAUAAACAUGAAACUGAAACACCAUUUCUUGCUUUUGGACGUGGAAUAAAUUAUUGGAAGUUCGCUAAAGAAGACUUUAUGACCAGAAAAUUCGUCAGUAUUGAUGGAAUUGAAAUUCCUCGAUAUGAUAUACAGCAAGCAGAUGCUGCACCUUUAAUGUCAACAUUAAUCGGAUGUGCAGUUCCAAAAAACAAUUUUGGAAAGCUUCCUUAUAUGUAUCCAAAUGUUAGCAAAACUUAUCUUGCCAAUGCAUUCUCAAAUAAUGCUUAUCAGCUUCACAGUAUGUACCAGAAACUUCAUCAGCAGUCUUUAAAAAAGACAUUCCACUUCUCAUUCAAUGUAAGGGAACGAAAAAUUGAGGACGAGAUUAAUUUCCUCGAUGAACAGAUUCGACUGUCCUUCACAUUAAAGGAUUAUGACGAUAUUAUUGUUAAGACACACGAGAUGAUUAAGCUCAUCUAUGAAGCCAUCGAUUUUUAUCAGAUGUACUACAAAAAUGACUUGCUUGUCUCACUGACAUUGACCAUGUCUGGAUGGAUUGUUCUUCUCUAUCAAUAUGUAAUUAAAGGAAGUUUAAAUGUGAAGAUUAAAACCAACGUUUUGCAAUAUGGAGUAACAUUAGCAGUCUUAGUCAUUGCUUAUAAUUUACUUCAGCACUCGCCACUGAUUGUUAUCGGCUACUUCCUUCUACCUAUUGUUGUGUGGAUGUUUGUAUUCUCCAACAAUGAAGACAAGAUCCUACAAAAUUUUGUCACUAAUCAGAACAACAUAUUUAUUGCUGUGAUUUGCAUUAUUUUUGCAGAACUUCUAGUUUACUCAUUCUUUGAACGCAAAAUUUUAAGCUUAAUAUUGCUGAUUUAUUCUGGAACCAUAACUGCUUAUGCGAUAAGAAAGAAAUUGAAACCAAAACUUAAGACAUUGAAAUAUUUCUCAUCUGCUGUCUGUUUGGGGAUAUUUCCGUUACUAAAAGUAGUCGACAAGGAAAACAAGAACUCAAUUCUUCUGGCAUUAGGAACGAUAUUUUGGAUAUUUCGAUCAAUGGAUUAUGUCUACCUAAAGCGAUCGAGUAGAAUUAGCAUUGUACAGACACUUUUACUAUUUAGUGGUGGACUUUUUAUUCUAUACUUGAUAUUUUACUUAGAAGCUGGAAAUGCUUUACUUCCAAUUCAACAAAUCAUUUCCUGGAUGCUUUUAUUGUCACCAAUUUUGAUUAUUUUUGGACCUUUAAAUAUGGAAAUCAAGUUGAAAUUAGUCGGCAAUGGUUUUAGUGUAUGCUACAUAUUAAUGUCUACAUCGUACGAGCCAUUGUUCCUUAUUUCAUACUUUGUUCAUUUAUAUAGUUGGGUUGAAAUGGAACUCAUAUUAUUUAGACGAAUGAAGCAGGUUAAGGACUUUAGUUUUGAGAAACUCCCUGAUAGUCGACGAAGAGAAGUGGAUUUCAACGAUAUUCGAUGCAUUUUAGUGUUUAUGUUGUACUUGCUGAUAUCAUUUUUCGGAACCGGCAAUAUGGCAACAAUCAGUUCCUUCGAUCCAAACUGGGUUAGAUGUCUGGUCGUAGUAUUUUCACCGUUCUUAAUGAUGGCUUUAAUCCUCUUCAAGCUUUCAAUUCCUAUAAAUUUACUCUCGUGCUGCUAUCGAGCCAUAAACUUAUCAUUAAGAGUUGAUACCAAGAAAGUUUUUAUCCUUAUGCUGAUGAUUUGCGAUGUCAUGUGCCUCAAUUUCCUUUUUCUAGUCAAAAAUAAAGGUUCGUGGCUUGAUAUUGGAGCAUCGCUUUCGCAUUUUAUCAUAAUGGAAUCGACUGUCCUAAUAUUAAUUUUGUUCUAUGGACUAGCACAAUUUUUAACAUCAUUCCAAAUAAUUCAACCACAGAGUUGUAAGCUUGAGUGA